AUGCUGCGUGCUCUGAGGGUGGACAGCACUUGCAUAGGUGCAGCAUUGGCAGUGCUGCUCUGCCUGAACCUGAUCGAACUGGGUUAUUUAUUCAACAGCCAGCGUGGCGGCAUUGACCAUGGCGGUAGCCAGACAACAAAUCUCCUGGACGGUCAUGCAGGCACUCAGCGCCUGGCAAUCAGUGCAGGCCGCUCUGGGAGCAGGCAUAGCCGCAUGGCAGGCUCCCCUUUGAUCAGGCAGCAGGAGCCCGGCGACAGGCCGCCGGGCCGCUUAGUCACCCAGUGCAGCGAGGCCCGGCCGGAGAUCACAUGCGCAGUGUUCAUUCUGUUCUCCUGGAACUACGAGCUCUUCCUGACCUCACUGCAGACCUAUGAGGCUGCCGGUUACGCUCGGCGCAUAAUUGUUGUGGACAACUCUGACAGCCACCGCCUGGUGAACGCGAUAGUGGGUGAGGUGAUUCCCACGCGCGUGCAGCACACCUUCUCGCAGCUGCAGAACUUCAUGGCCAGCAUCGCCGUCGAACGGGACUACACUUACUACUUCUGGGGUCAUGCUGACGUGGCUCUCAUGGCGUCCAAUGCAACUGCCACAUUCUCUGAGGAGAUCUUUCGAUGCAUGGAGCAUGUCAUGGAUCAACACCCCAACUGGGGCAUCCAUUACUUCGCCUACGACUGGUUCUCCGCCAUCCGGACCUCCUUGGUACGCCAGGUGAAGUACGACACGUUCGUGACCGUGUACAUGAGCGACUGUGACUUCUACCCUCGCGUACGAGCGGCCGGCUUUGAAACACUGAACGUCGCGAACACUUGUCCCGACAUCAAUAUAUCGGUGUAUGAUCUGGUGAGGCCGGUGGUGCUCCCGCUGCACAACUAUGAGAAGAUGCGCAUUAUGCUGGAGGGGGAGAAGAAUGUGACCGUAGACCGCAAUGCAUGGAAGCGGCGCGAAUGGCGGCUGGGAGAGGACGUCGGCUGGGACACCUGGGAAGUGGCGUCCCUCACCUACUUCAGGGCAAAAUGGGGGACAAAGCCGGAGGGCGGAGAUGAGUGCAAGCAGGUCGAGCUUGAUACAGAAGGCGGCAAGAUCCUGAGGCAACAGCCCUUCGAGGGUAACAAGCCGCUCUACACAAGACGGCUUACCCACAUACUGGGCUGA